GAAGAUGUGGAGGUGGGGUUUGUGGUUUUUCCGGUCCGGGACGCACUCGGUGCAGCCAACUCGAGCUAGAGGUGUCUUAUCACGCAAAUAAUUACCUUUCGGGGCAGUUCUAGCCUGUGAAUAGAUACGGAUGGCUAUAUAAGGUGGCCUAUUGUAUUGUAGGAAUUGUAAUCAUUGUCAGAGACAAACAAAAUGGGCCGUCAUAAUCUCCAGUACCCCAAAGACUCGACAAAUACCAUCAAACGGUACAAGGUCCACGGGGUUUAUGACCUCGAGACUGUCCAUAGUAUCGUCAAUACAUGUCCGAUCCUUCAUAUAUCGUUCAAUACACCCUCUCAGCCGUUUCCGGUUGUUCUGCCGAUGAUAGGACAGCUGGGGUCGUUUGACCGGCCGAGUUCAAGUCUGCGCGAUCCUCUGGAACUAUAUCUUCAUGGAUAUGUGUCGUCGAGGAUCAUGAACUUGGCUCAGACAUCGACGGUCGAUGGAGAAGAGAUCCAGGGAAUGCCCGUUUGUGUUGCUGCAUCGCACGUUGAUGGACUCGUCUUGACUCUGGCGACGUAUUCGCACAACUACAACUAUCGAUCCGCUGUGAUCUACGGCUACGCGACUACUGUCAAAUCCGAUGAAGAAAAGCUCAUACACGACAGCCUCCGUUGGCGUCGGAGAUGCAGAGCACGAAUAUCCUCAAGGUCAAGAUCACUUCGGCAAGUGCCAAGAUCAGUGCGGGAUCAACGACGGAUGAUAAGAGUGAUUUGGAGAAUGAGAGUUUGGUGAAUUCGACGUGGACGGGUGUGUUGCCCGUGUAUCAGACAAUCGGGGAGCCGAUUCCGGGUCCGUACAACAAGGUUGAAGUGUCUGAGCAUAUUGCAAGCUUUGCAAAGGAUACGAAUGACGAGAAGAAGCAGAGAUCUUUGGAUGCAGCCAAGGGUGAAAGGAGGGCGACUUGAUCGAUGAUUGUUUGUAUUUGAUGCAAUUGAUGUUUGAUGGAUAUCCCUCCGGGGGCUCCUGGCGGAGGGCCGUUUCUCGCUCCGCUCGUGCUUGAUCACAGACAUUUUUGGACCAUACCUUAGUUUCAAUUCAAUGAUUUGCACUC